UAUAAUUUAAGUUUUAAAACCAAGUAAUGGAAAGAAACUACGUAAACUAUAACCAAAAUCGUAACUACGAAUAAAACAUAAACUGCUACCUCACAGUGUACCAUAAUAUUCUUGAACCUAUUGAAAGUGAGCCAGAAAUAUAUAAUUUCGAGUCGUAUUAAGUUAAUUUAUUUGAGGUGACGGUUCAUAGGCUAUCUAUUAUUAACGUCAGUCUGUUCUUUCAUUUCAAAGCACGAUAAGAGAUACGUAGUGAACUUUAGUUUUCUGUGUGUGAUAAUGAAGUAAUAUAACUUAAUAAUUCGGUGUUUGUCGAGAGUUAUACUCACAGCUGAGUAAAAAUAAUUUUUAAGGGUUUAUUAUUCAAACUUUCAAUCAAAGUUAACGUUCACGGUUUAGGUGUUAUUAGCACUAGUAUUACUAUUAGUAAUACACGCUGUACAGUGUACUGAACCUUCUUCCACUGCUCCAGGCAUUCAAUCAUGCAGGAGGAGACAGGAAAAGUGUGUACAAAAAUGUUUCACAGUGAGUUCAUCAGGCGGGUGUCUCUGUUGCCUGUAAUGCAGUCUGCUUUGAGUUAUGCAACAACCACGUAUGAUUACCUGAAAGAAUCUUCAAGUUAUGUGAAAUGUACUCUUACAACAGCAGAGAAAUCUCUAAAUUUUGCUCUAGACCAGGCAAUACCUUUGGUUGAAAUGUUUGAAAUGCCCAUACAAAAAGUGGAUUACUUGGCUUGUCAAGGACUUGACAAACUUCAAGAGAAAGCCCCUGUCAUCAAAAAGACACCUGAACAGAUAGUGAGUGACACCACAGAACUGUAUUGCACAGUUUAUCAGAAAGGAUUUCAGAAGUAUGACAUCAUCAAGAACUUUGGAAUUGGAAAGUGCCAGGCAGUAAAAGAUUAUAGUUACCAGAAGGCAUCUGAAUUACUCACUUCCUACAUCCAGUGUUUGUUAAAGUCUGUUGACUAUUACUUACCAACAGCAAACAUAACAGUUUCUAAACAAAUUGCAAAUCUUGACCAGAAGGGAUGGGCUUAUGAAGAAGUGAGUGGACAAAUAGGAAAAUUUUGUAGUGGAAUGAAACAGAAGUUUUUCAUUCAUACUUUAACAAAACUGCUGAAUUUCCAGGAAGAAGGUCAUCAGAGGUUAAACAAAUUAAAAGCUAGUUUGAGUAUGCGAGAAGUUCAGAAUGUUGCUCAGCAUGUUGCUCUACCCCUUGUGGGUUUCUACAACCACGUCAUGUGUGUUCCACAAGUACUACCAGCAUUCUUCAUGGAGAAUGUAAUUUUAGCUUACAGAUGUGUUAUUGUCCUCUAUAGCCAGUUAUUUCAGGCCAAGAGCAUGGAACAAGUGAAAUCCAUGACUUUCGACAACAUGAGAAAUGAGAAAGAUAGUUUGGAGCCUUGUGUGGAUGAGAUCAUUAACAUUUUGUUGAAUAUGAGACUCCUUCAGAUGAUAAUUCCAGAUGUGAUUGGUGCAGAUUUCUACCUUGAUGCAGAUUUAAAUCUUGAAGAUGAACUCUUCAGAUACCCUGAAUAAUAUAACCCACUGUCUGGUACUUAUUCUUGUAUUUAUGAAGAUUGGAAGUAAACAAUUAUUCUUUUAAAAGUUUUUUUUAAUCAAGGAAGAGUUCAGUUUGUAGAGUGUGUCCAAAUCAGGAUGCCAUUUAUGCUUCCUGUUCUGCAAGUAAAAGAUGUUUAAUAAAAUUUAGAAAUAUAAAACCUUCAACUUAAAUCUGAAACUUUGAUUUGUGGCAUUUCUUAAUUUCUGAACUAACUUUUCUAGUCAGUUUGUCAGUUGCCCUGAAUUUAUUGAAAAAAAAAA